AUGUGGUCAGUGGGUAGGGCUACGGCCUCAGCCGCGUCAAUGUCCAACGAGCUCACUGUAGCUGCCGCUAACUUCAAUCUCGAUUUCACGUUAAUGAAAGUCGAGGCACCUCCAGAGUACCAACGACUUGGUGCGGCGUUGUCAACAAGCAGGCGUGAGCGAGCAGAGGUGGGGUCUGCCCAUACCACGGCUCGCAAGUUGGGAGCUCUCUUUGAACAGAUUCUACCCGCAACACCGAGACUAUUCCAAGCAUAUGGACAACGUGCCUCGGACACCGCCAACUCUCCAACAUCAAAUCCCCUUCAAGGACUGAGCAGCGGCCCCUUUGCGGACCAUUUAGGUAUUGAUGGGACGAACAUCUGGGCAGCGGCAACUUCUGGGAAGCGAGCAAUUGCAGUUCAUCUGUUGGCUUGUAUGUUGGCAAGAAUACUUCAAGGGCCAGAAGCAAUAUCAACCUGGGUGGAGUUGGUGGAGCGAAGGAAGCAACAGAUCAAGACAGAAUUUGAGCAAAAUUCAAUUUCAGAUAUGCCCAGUAUUAUGGCGGCGCAACAGGAUAUAUCAAGAGAGCAUCUUGCUCUCUGGGAUGCCAGUGCGCGGGCCUGGCUCCAAACUUGCGACAAUGUUCACAAGAACCAACAAACUCAACUCAGACUGAUUGUCAACAACGUCAACUAUCCUAUCAACAACCACAAGGACACUUAUCAGAGUGUUAUCGAAGCUUGGGUCGAUUCCAUGACUUCCGUGGAAGGAUUGAUAUCAGGAGUACCACAGAGAGUGCAAAAUGGCGCAGUUCUGCUAGCACUGUCCUCUUGGCACUUAUACCCAGACAUGGUAGUACUUGGGUCAUCGAUACAACCUGGAAAUUCGAUCCACUCCGGAAGAUCCAGCCGACAUGAAACAUCGCAAGAUGCUCUUCAGAUCUCGCAAAAAGACCCCUUAAUUGAAAUUGGCGGUAUCCUCACUAUUGGGCUUCACGUCAAUCAAGACAGCGAUUCUGGAGUAUUCUGGUCUCUUCCGUUGGCGCACAUGCGUUAUUAUGGUACCACUCCAGUUGCAUCUCGGGCUCUGGCCUUUGAUACCUCCAGAGUGACUGUAGACCAAUUUUACCAGGUAAUCUUAGGCUGCUUAAGUGCUCAUUGGAGGGCCCAGCCUCAGGUUGUUGCAGAAUCCAUCAUUACUCUUCACGGUGCUGUGCAUAGCGACAUCAAAGCGGAAGAACCUCCGUUUGGCCACACAUAUGAUUGUUUGGAACCGAAUUGCUGGUUUAUGAAUUUGGUUGAAGCGGCUAAGCAGUUCACAAGCUAUCGGGGCCAUGAAAAGCAGAUUCUGGCGAAGCUUGCGGCGUUUGGGGCUAGAAGAGCACAAGCACUUUUAUGCAGAUUCCCUAAAAACUCCCUCCCUGCGUUCGGUCUUACAGACUUCCCUCUCUUGUUUUCUUUGCUGAGAAAUGACGAGCAACGCAUCAAGAUCCUCCGCCAAUACGCCAAACGAUAUGGACUGAAGCAUAACGACAUAAUAAUCCGCUAUAGGCCCGUCACUUCCUUUUAUAACAAAGGCACACUUGAUUCUAUGUUCGCAAAAAAGUCACCGGACUACUUCGAAUAUGCCUCUGCUAUCUCGUAUUGCCGAAAAUCUCUCAAACGUGAUCAUACUGGUUCUCAAUGUGAAAACUACAAGCAUCGUCGCUGGAUUGCCGGCUAUCCUUUGACCCGUCAGGAAAAAUACUCCCCUAAUCCAUUGGAGGUGGGAUUUUGUGCCUGUCGCUGUCGUUUUGCAAGGAAACCGUGUGAAAAUGAUUUUGACUGCCCAUGCUGCUUAGAUCGAAACCACCCAUGUAGCAGAAAAUACCCCUUAUCGUCAGAUGAAGAUAAGACCAAAGCUAAAAUAGAAUUGGAUAAGAGUGUGAAAGACAGGGGACAAUUGGCAACUGAAAAAGAGGUAGAAUAUCGUAAAAGGGCUGAGACGAAGCAGGAAGAGGAGGAGCGGAAACUAGAUGCGGAACGGAAAGGUAUACUUGCCGACCUUCUCGAUAUUAGGCGAGCAUUCUUUGAGAGCAUCGGUGAAAUACCAUUUCAAGUCGAAAAGGAAGAUAUCCAGGAGAAGAUGUCACUUCAAGUCGGACAAGAAGGAGGUGCUAAGGAAAGUACCGAGAAAAGCGCUCCCUCAUACCACAGCCCAUUUGACCCUGUGCGCCUACAAUGGCGGGAAUUUGGCUCCGAAUCAAUCUUGGUUGCAAAGCCAGAUGCCAAGAUCUCAAAGCCCAAUGCUUCGAACUCCGUCGGCCUUAACAGCGAUUAUGAUAUCGAUGCUUGGGAUAAGGAGAAGUUUACUUACUUUGAAUUUCUCUUGGGGGACGAAAACACUGCCGCCUUAUUUAUACGGAGGGAUGUCAAUGUUGAGAGACAUGCACCUUCCCAUCAAGCUACUCUCAGCGAUGUAACUCAAGCCCUAUCUGAGAAUUCUAUUCUCUCAGUGGAGCUAGAUAAGCACCUCGCGCAGUGGGGGGCGCCACCACCAUCUCCAGAACAUCCCGAUGGCGCUAUUAAGAGGUCGCUAAAAGCAAUGAGCGCUGUCAAAGAACUCUAUUCUAACUUGGCGGAAGCUACUGUCGCUUUGGAAGUCAUAAACUAUCCAUUAUACGACACACAGUGGGCUCUCACAUGGUCUAAAUCUCAGGAUAUGGACCUCAGUACUGCGUUUUCUUGCAUAAUGCUGUUUGAGUCUGGCAGAUUUGAUAUUCAGCCCAAACGCCUAGCCCGAGUAAUGGCCAUGGCGGUUGGGAACUCUAUUUAUAUCGGAGGCGUUUUGGUAAACGAUCCGACAAAUAUAAAAGCCCAAAAGCAGAUAAAGCGAGUAGUUGGAAAUUUGGGCCGGGCGGGAAUGGUGCUCCUGAUUGCGCCCAACGAGCCCAAGGUAAAGCCAUUGGAGUAUGACAGGUGGAACCUGGUAAACCAUGCAGACUUUGAUGGCGAGAUGCAUGAUUCAUUCCAGAACACAACACUCCAUCUCUCCUUCACUGAGUUUCAGAUGCCAUUAGAUGUAAUUGGGGCUCAAGGUAUUCGCGAUACAGAGGUUAGCAUGCUUGAGUCGGUUGUGUCAGUCCACAAUCGGGGUGAAUGGAUCGGAGAUUUGAAUGUUCUGUCUUUGCUUCCCGACGAGUCUGAUAAUGGACGGGUGCUAUCUCAUAUCUCUUACCAAUGCUCUCAUUCUCCACAGGAAAGGGCCUUUCGAAAAUCUGGUGUGAUGUCUCCAAUCAUUUCACUUGACUCAUGGAAUGAGUUUCUUGACCGUCCUAUCGGGAAUGAAACUACAAUUUUUCGAGGGCAUGGUAAUUGGGUUGCACGACUAGCAGCAGCAGCGAUCAGUGUUCAAAUGGGCCUACCAACUUUCACCCUGUCAGAUGAUGUUUGUUGGAAAUGUUGUGAGGACAUCCUCGCAAAGCAAUGGGCCGGAAAAUCUAUGCUGAUAGGGUAG